AUUUCAUGCACCACCAACUCAUAUUCUUUGCUUUUGAAAUCAUAAAAUGGCCCCUUCUCUUCUCAUUGCAACUCUGAUCUUCCUGCAGUACUCUCUGAUAACAGAGGCUACGACAUGUCGUGACUGUUUCAUUCCGUCUCGUGCAGCGUACUAUCCAAAUUCUGAUGAACAAGGAACAGACAGAGGAGCUUGUGGAUUUGGUUCGUUUGGAGCAACGAUCAACGGCGGAGAUGUAUCCGCUGCGUCUAACCUAUACCGUGAUGGCGUUGGAUGUGGUUCUUGCUAUCAGGUGAAAUGCACCAACAGUAAUUAUUGCAGUGACAAAGGAGUAACUGUUGUCGUGACCGAUCAAGGCUCCAGUGAUAAUACCGACUUUAUUCUCAGCAGUCGAGCCUUCGGUCGGAUGGCUCAAACUGCAGAUGCAGCUGCAUUGCUAUUAUCACUCGGAAUAAUUGACGUUGAAUAUAGGCGUGUUUCAUGCAGCUAUCCUAACAGAAACAUAACAAUAAAAAUUGAUGAAAAUAGCAACUUUCCAUAUUACUUGGCUUUUGUCAUAUGGUAUCAACAAGGCCAGCAGGAUAUUACUGCUGUGCACCUAUGUGAGACUCAAAUUUCUGUGUGCAAGCUUUUGGAUCGGAGUUACGGAGCAGUAUGGACAACUACAUCGCCCCCAAGCGGUCCAUUGUCGCUGAGGAUGCUAUUCAGUAGUGAGGAUGGAGAUGAGACAUGGGUUGUUCCGGUCAACAACAUACCCCGCGACUGGAAAGCUGGCGAAACUUACGAUACGGGGGUUCAAGUGAAUGUAUAAUCAGUCCUGCAACUCACACAUCGCUCUAUAUAUAUAGUAUUAUAUGUAGCUAAUCAAAAUGUUUAAUUUGUUCAUUGUUUUAACAAGAAGGGAAUAUAGUUUAAAAAGAAAUGUAUGUUCAUGAAUGUAAUGAUUUCAUUUUUUACAAA